AUGGGGGUGCUGGGGGUGCUGGUGCUGGUGCUGAGCUGCCAGGAGGCAGCCGCCUUCCUGGUGCAUGUGGCCAGCUCCUGCCCGCUGGCGGCCAAUGGCUCCGCGCUGGCCUUCGGCUUCACCCUCAUCUUCAACAAGAACCCGCUGUGCAGCGUGCCGGCGCCAGCCGCCUUCCUGGUGCAUGUGGCCAGCUCCUGCCCGCUGGCGGCCAAUGGCUCCGCGCUGGCCUUCGGCUUCACCCUCAUCUUCAACAAGAACCCGCUGGUCUGCUACAACCCCGACGCCCGGCACUUCAUCCCCUGCGACUGGGGGCUGCUCCACGGUGUCGCCGGCCUGGUGGCCACCUUCCUCAACAACGACACUGCCUGGGUGCAGCGUGCUGAAGACCGGCGCCAGGCUUGCCGCGACCUGGCCACCCACUUCUGGGCCUCCACGGCGCUGCGGCGGACACCACCCCAAGUCCGCAUCGUCCCCGUCCCCCUCCCCAACACCCCGAACGCCGUCCUCCUCACCUGCCACGUCUGGGGCUUCUACCCCCCCGAGGUGACCGUCCUCUGGCUGCACAACGGGGACAUGGUGGCCACCGGCGACACCACCAAGCUCCUGCCCAACGGCGACUGGACCUACCAGACGCAGGUGACCCUGAUGGUCACUGCCAAGGCUGGGGACACCUUCACGUGCUUCGUGCAGCACGCCAGCCUGGACCGGUCCCUCCAGGAGGACUGGGGUCCUGGCUUGUCCCUGGGCUUGAUGGUGAAAGUGGUGAUGGCGGCGGUGAUAAUGACCCUGGGGCUGGUGGUCUUCGCUGCUGGCACCUUCAUCUACUGUCGCCAGGCUCCGGGCGCCUUCCUGGUGCACCUGGCCAGCUCCUGCCCGCUGGCGGCCAACGGCUCUGUGUUGGAUUUCGACUUCACCCUCAUCUUCAACAAGAACCCGCUGGUCUGCUACGACCCCGACGCCCGGCACUUUGUCCCCUGCGACUGGGGGCUGCUCCGCUCCUGCGCCACCCACCUCGCCACCUUCCUCAACAACGGCACCGCCUGGGUGGAGCGCGCCGAGGCCCGACGCCGGGCUUGCCACGACCUGGCCCCCCAGUUCUUGGCCUCCACGGUGCUGCGGCGGACGCCACCCCAAGCCCGCAUCAUCCCCUCCAAGACGGGCAAUGCCCGGGCGCCCGUCCUCCUCACCUGCCACGUCUGGGGCUUCUACCCCCCUGAGGUGACCGUCAUCUGGCUGCACAACGGGGACAUCGUGGGCCCCGGUGACCACCCCCCCAUCUCCGCUGUCCCCAAUGGUGACUGGACCUACCAGACACAGGUGACCUUGAUGGUGGCCCCGGUGGCCGGGGACACCUUCACGUGCUCGGUGCAACACGCCAGCCUGGACCAGCCCCUCCUGGAGGACUGGGGUCCUGGCUUGUCCCCAGGGUUGACGUUGAAGGUGGCCGCGGCCACCAUGGUGAUGGCGUUGGGGCUUGGCUUCUUCAUUGCCGGCGUCUACCGCUACCAGGCCAGGCCACUGGCACCGGGUUACACUCCCCUCCCCGGAGACAACUACCCCGCAGGUAACAGCACAUCCAGCCUGUCCCCUGUCCCCUGUCCCCAAGGGUUGAGAGAGAAGGCUGUUGUGGGGGACAUCAUGUACCCGGGCACGAGUGACAAUGCGCACUGGGCAUGUGAGAUGCCGGGCAAGAGCGCUGCCAGGUGUGAGUGA